AUGAAGUUUUUGUUCGUUCUAUCUAUCGUUCUGGUGACGAGUUUACCAACCUACGGCUCGAUGAGGCGCUCCCUGACCCCAGCUAGAGAAGGCCGAAACUUAGCAGAUCUUCGCCUCCCCCCCAAUUUGAGAUCCCGAGACGUCCCCAAAUUCAGGAUCCCGAACAGCGAACUCUGUGCCCAACUGAAUCUAGACCCAGGCCGGCUCUACUUAGUCCUACCCUGGUGGUAUCAGUACUGCCAGGACCACAAGGAAAGGAAAGCCAAGAAGUACUCUGCAGUUCUACCGAAUCUGGAUUACUAUAUGGAUAAGCUCAAAAGGGUGAACUACGCGAGGAAGAUGGCUAAGCAACAAAUGGCAAGGAAACAAAUAAACAAUUUGUAA